CCCUUUACCGGCUUCCAGCCGUCCUUCCCACUUCCCUCCUUAACUGCUCUGCUCUGGCCCAUUCUGUUUUCAGGAUGGGUGGGGCGGUUUGGAAGUGGCUCAUUUGCACACCUCCAGGCGGGAUGUGGUGGGUUUCAGGUGACCUCUUCCAUCCCACACCGAGGUAUUGUCCUUCCCAACCUGCCCGGAGGGGGCUACGACAUCUGGAAAGGCUUGGCUGUGGGGGUCUGGGCUGAUCUGGAAAAUGCCCCCCAAAAUCUUACCCUGGCUUCUACGUGUCCCUUCCGAGGGCUGGCUCGGGGGGAGAUGGUAACGGAGGUACUGAUUUAGGGAUGGUUGGGCUGGUUGUGGAGGGGGUGCUGAUGGGCAGGGGGGUGCUGAUGGAGCGGGAUGGAGGCAGUGACGGAGGCUGGCUGCCCCCGCGUCCCCGCUGAGCCCCGCAGCGCUCCGGCCGCCGUGGCCGGGCUCCCGCCGCCCUCUCCCGGCCCUUCCCCGCGCUGCAGCCGCCGCCUCCGGCCCUUCCCCGCCCGGCUCCGUUUGCCCGGAGGGGCCCGGGGGCAGCGUGUCCCUGUGCCCGGCUGGAGGCGGCCUGGGACCGGGAACCCCGCGACGGGGCAGGUUCCGCACCCCGAGAGGCGCCCGCCCCACGCCCGCGUCUCGCUGACAGUCAGGACUUGUUCGCCUUGAACGCCAAGGCACGGCUCGGGAUCCAUUUGGGUUCCCGGGGGAUGAUUCUGUGCCGGGCACCCGCACAGAGCCGGGUAUCAGAGAGCACCCCGUUCCCCCAGCACCCCGAGAUUCCCGGCACUGGGGGUGACUCAGAGCUCCCGCUGCUCUCGCUGAGCCGACAGCACCCGCCGCUGUGUAAUCACAGCAAGUCACCAGUCAUGGGAGCAGCUGGAAGCGGGGGCCAAGGGCAUCCCAUGUCCAGAAAUGCUCCUGGCACCCCCUCACCUCCUUUCACACCCUUUUCUUUUCCCUUUCCCUCUGUUGUCGGGCAAGUUCAACAUGGGAGUUAAUUUUCCCAUUUUUCCCAUCAAAAUUUGAGGGGAAACUGAGGAACAGAGUCUGGGCUCCUUGCUGGGGGGGUGCUGGGGGACAACAGGGAAAAUACGGAGCCGCUCAGAAAGGGAAGUCCUGGAGCUGGUGCAGCAACAUGUGACUGUCCCAAAAGAGACCCAAUGGGAAGCAAAAAUCCACAGGGGAAUUUUGCCGGUGUUUUUGAGGAAUUGGGAUGAUUUUCCAGAGCAGCUGUGGAGGAGGAACAACCUCUGCAAGAUGAAAACGUGGCUUUGGAGUCCCAGGAAAGGAAAGCAGAGCUGGGAGCACUGCUGCCUUUUUCCAAUUAGCCGAGCUGCUCUAAUAAAGAUAUUGCUUCUCCCCACAGCCCUUCCCAUUCUAAUCUUGCCGUGUGAAAAGGCAUCUCUGAGCUAGGCAGGGAGAUAAGUGUUGCAGAGCCCUGAGACUUCCCACCAGCGACCUUGAACAGAGCUGCUCUGCUCAGGAGGGAAGAUAAAGCCCAAAUGGUUUUAGUGUAGGUUUAAAUCCCUUUUUAUAGCCUGAAAGUGAAAGCCUGCAGGUGACAAGGAAAACCCUUGGUGAACUGAAAACCUCUGACACAAGCAGAAAAUUAUAAAGUCCUGAGCAGUUGUGCAAGGAAAUGAGGGCAUCUGUGGGUGGGGAGUGAACCACAACCUGUGGCAGAGGUCAGGGACAGCAGGGUUUCUGGGAUGGGGACCUGUAAAAUUGUUGACAGUGCCUUGAUUGCCAAAAUGCACACAUGGCUGUGGAGCAGAGCAGGAGGAUGAAGAAACUGGAGGAAAGGGACAGUGAUAAGAAGAGCAAAUCCUUAACGCUGGUAUUUACUGGGACAUGGUGAGGACAGCAACACUGCCAAGGUGGUCCUGUGAGCCUGGAAGGCCAACCAAGAGCAGAAGUCAGACUGGAGGCUUGUCCCCACUCAGCUUCUUCUGUCCUUCUGCACUGAGACCACCCCACACUUGUCUGUGGCCCAAGGAUAUGGGUGGAAGGUCAGGAGAGCAGCCAGGACUUGCAGCCUGGUCCCCUGCAGCAUCCCCCACCCACACAGGACCAGUCCACAUCUUGCCACCAACCCUCCUUGUGGGGCUUGUGUUGCCCACCUCAUCCACCAACCUCUGCCCGUUCCCUGCCAGAUCCUGCCAGAAUCCCAAUUCUUUCCCUCCGAAAUGUGCUCAAAAAUUCAACGUUGUGCAGCCACCUUCAGGACUAAACUCCUGGGUUUCCCACACACGUGCACAUCCCUGAGUAAACCCAUACAUUCACCCCGGGAUGUGCAUAUCCCCCGCACCCUCCAAUGCGUGCCCCCACCUCUCGCCCAUUCCCCCCUCGCUCUCCCCGCUGCUGUCUAGCCCUCAAUCCCGGUGCCCGGAGCCGUGAUCUGCCGGGGGUUUUGGGUCUAGCCAGGGGCUCCCUGCCCCGGGGCCGAGCUCCGGAGCGCUUUUCCAGCUCCUCCCUCCCGGCCGCGGCCGCGGGGAUGGGCGGUGGCGGAGGCGGGCGGGAGCAGCGCUCCGCCCGCGGGGCCGGGGCGGGCCGGGGCGGUGGGAGCCGAGGACAAAGGUGACCGUGAGGGAGCGGUGCCCCAAAGCCCCCUCGCACCAUCCGACCCCGGAUCCAGCGCUCUCACGACCACCACGGCCACUCGCGUGUCGUUGAUGCUGGUGACCGCCGCAGACCGGAGGUAAGAGUCCAGGGCGCGGAGCCAUGAAGCUGAACGAGCGGAGCUUGGCCUUCUAUGCCACCUGCGACUCUCCGGCCGACAACUCCGGCUUCCUCUACAAGCGCGGCGAGCGGCACACGGCCUAUCACCGCCGCUGGUUCGUGCUCAAGGGCAACAUGCUCUUCUACUUCGAGGAGCGGGACAGCCGGGAGCCCGUGGGCGUCAUCGUGCUGGAGGGCUGCAAUGUGGAGCUCUGCGAUUCAGCCGAGAACUUCGCCUUCGCCAUCCGCUUUGGCGGCAGCAAGUCCCGCACCUACGUGCUGGCGGCGGAGAGCCAGGCGGCCAUGGAGUCGUGGGUGAAGUCGCUGUCCCGAGCCAGCUUUGACUACAUGCGGCUGGUGGUGCGGGAGCUGGAGAAGCAGCUGCAGGAGAUGAGCCAGGGGCUGCCCGGAGGAUGUGGGGGCUCCCAGGACGCUCCCGGCCCUUGGAAGCCCAAGCCGUCGGGGCUGGAGCAGUCCCAGGAGCGGCUGCCGGCUCUGCCCGCCGUCGUGCCGAAGGAGAACGGCUGCGCCGUGUGGAACAACGUGCUGGGUGCGGACCGGCCGCCCGACACCUCUAGCUGCGGUGGGCACGAUGAGGAGGGGACCCCGCGGCCGCCGCCGCUGCCGCCGCGCAGGCGGGUGAUGAACGGCGAGGCGGCCGUGGCAGAGAGCCCGUCCACCUUCUGCCGGCUGCACGAGCAGUACAGCCGGGAGGUGGCCCGGCUGCGGCAGGACUGGCAGCAGAAGCGGCGUGGCUCUCAGCCCUGAGCUGUGGUUGAGCCCUGGGAACCUACCAGGAGCUGGGGCAGGUGGCCAUCCUUGGUGCUGGCCCUGUCCCCUCCUCACCCCGGGAUGUGCAGACCUGGCUGUGGUGGUGAUGGACACCUGCUGGUGGUGCCAAUGAGGGCUGGGCAGCAAGGGACACCAGUGCUGCUCUGUGAUGGUGAAAUGGGCACCACAGGGGUGCCCUCCAGCCAUGCCCCCAUGUGGGUUUGGGGUGCUCCACUCAGCACGAGCAAACUACAAACCACUCACUGACUGAGGCCUCCUGGAAAUCGACUGCUGCUCUGGCUCUGCUGGGGCCUCUUGGUGCUCUUGCAGUGGGAUCAUGCCUUGACAACUUCUGGAGGAGGAUUGUGAUGGGAUCUCGCCCGCCUGGGUUCCUGUGUGGGUUCCACAAUGGAGAGCCUGCUACCAACUUCCCCUCCUGGCCCAGCACAAGGCUGAGGUCGGCUGAGCUCUGCCAGAUCCCUCUGCUCCAGCAGGAUGUGGUUUGACAUGAAAAUAUCAGCGAGUGCAGCCCUUCCUUAAUGGCAGCAGCAGCUCCGCACGCUCAGGGGAGCUGGUGACACCCAGCCCUGGGCAUUUCACAGGGAGCAAUUGCUGCUUGCAGCCUGGAUGGCAAAUAUGGGAGGGGUCAGACCCUGGGGGAAUUCAGCAGCUUCAGGCACUUCUUUGCUGGUGGAUAUUUUGGGACAGCACAUCAUCCCCGUGCCAGCUCAAUAAGGGGAAGCAUCGCUCGUGGUGGCAAAUGGGAACGUGUGUGUCAGCAGCAGAGCGUGAGGAAUGAUUCAUGUGCCAAACCAGAGCGAAGCUGGUGUCUCAUGCCUGUGUUUCUAUCUUAUUUCCACAUCAGAAACUCAAGCUGCUGGCCCAGAGGUGGGGUGAACCACCCUGGAGCAAGGGGGAGCAGUCAGGGUGCCCUGGCUUAGGGCUGGGUGGCUCCAGCUCCCUUUGCUCCCUUGGGACAGGCACAAGAUUUUUCUACAAUAAAAGUUGU